CUCGCGAGCCAGGCGAGAGGUGAGCGGAGGGGAGGAGGAGGAGGAGGCGGAGGGAGGACAGGCUGGCAGACAGGUGCACUCCCGUGCCUUGAUUUCAUUUCCUCUCGGUCCCGCUCAGUGGCGGAGUCGCCAUGGACACCCGCAAGGAGAACAGGGCGAGAAAACAGCCGACCAAACCCAAAACGUCGAAGCGCAAAGAGAAGAAACACAAGAACGGCCGCUUCGUCAGGAGGAAGUCGCUGCGGUCUUUAGGGAAUUUUAUGGCAAGGAUCCUGAAAACUUUGGGCACUUUAGCGCACUCGGGCGACGCGGAGCCACCGGACGCGGAGGAGGACGACGGCGGCUUCGAACGACCCGGCUCCUCGGGACAAUCCAGGGACGACUUCUUCCAGAGCUCCAGGGAGAAGAAGAAGAAGAGCUCCGUGGUGUCCUCCUCCUCCCGCGGCUCGGUGAGGGACCGGCUGUCCUGGUGCUACGGCGACAAGACGCCCGGCGCGCUGGGGCUGAAGAAUCACGGCAACACCUGCUUCAUGAACGCCGUGGUCCAGUGCCUCAGCAACACGGACCUGCUGGCCGAGUACCUCGGCCUGGAGCAGUACAAGUGGGACCUGCGCCGCGCGGAGGCUCGGGAGGAGGAUCCGCGGAGCUCCGGGGGAGAAGUGACGGAGCAGCUGGCGUCGCUGAUCCGCGCGCUGUGGACCCUGGAGUACACCCCGCAGCUGUCGGUGGAGUUCAAGAGCAUGGUGGCCAAAUAUGGCUCCCAGUUUAGAGGAAACUCUCAGCACGAUGCCUUGGAGUUCCUUCUCUGGCUGUUGGACAGAGUUCACGAAGACGUCAACUCCAGUGUGGACAACAACAGCAGCAGUAAGGCCAAAACCAGCAGCAAGGUGGGUCUGCACACUCUACCUAAAUGAGUAUUUACACAGAUGGCUCAAUUCAUACCUUCACAACUAAAC